AUGAAAAAUUUUAAGAAUCCUAUAUCAAUACUUAUGGAUAGAGGAAUACACUAUACUUCAGAUUAUUUUAAAUGGAUGUUUGUAAAGCAUGAAAUAAUUCCUAAAUAUGCUUCAGCAUAUAAUUCAACUGGUAAUUCGAUUGCAGAACGAAUUAACCAAACGAUAAAUUUUGUUGUUAGAUGUUUUCAAGGAGAAGAAUUAACUUACAUUGAAAAUAAAAUUAACUUUGUGUUAACAAAUGCAUCACAUCAGGUAAUGAAAGUAAGUCCUUCGGAAUUAGUAAAAGGGUUCUCAGAGUUAGAUCCACUUAAAAGAAAGGCAAUCAUUAACAUUGAGAAGCUUAAUGAACUAGUCAAAUCACAACAACAAUUAGAUAACGCGAGGAUUUACAAUCUAAGAACCCAUCAUGAUUAUUUAGUUGGUGAUUUUAUAUGUGUUAGAAAUAACAAUCCACAAGGUAAAUUAGAUGUAGUAUGGCUAGGCCCAUUUGAGAUUAUAAAUGUAAGUAACAAUUUUGUUAUUGUAAAAAUGGGUCUAAAAAAGAACAAUUAA